AUGGGAGCCGCAUACGGAACGGCGAAGUCAGGAAUUGGUAUCUCCGGAGUGGGAACCUUCAGGCCGGACCUGAUCAUGAAGUCUUUGAUUCCCGUCGUCAUGUCCGGUAUUAUCGCAGUUUACGGCCUCGUCAUCUCGGUGCUCAUCGCCGGUGACAUGGAUCCUCCCCCGAACAAGCAUAUGAGCCUUUACACUGGCUUUAUGCACCUUGCUGCGGGGUUGUCGGUUGGCCUCGCAGGCGUGGCUGCCGGUUAUACUAUUGGUGUUGUCGGAGAUGCGGUAAGCAGUCAUUGCGAGGAGUGUCUGGAUGGAAGUGCGCAGGUGCUAAUAUGGAUACAGGGUGUUCGUGCGUACAUGCAGCAAUCUCGAGUUUAUGUCGGUAUGAUUCUUAUCUUGAUUUUUGGCGAGGUUCUUGGUCUCUACGGGUAUGUGCACAUCCACUGGAGCAGAUACGAUACCGUACUUACACUCAUAGAUUGAUUGUUGGCUUGAUUCUCAACUCCAAAAGCUCUGGCUGAGCGGGUUCUGCAUGUUGCGCUUGGUGUUCCCGGUUCUUGGCCACUCAUGUCCACCAUGGACGUGUUUUUGUCCCCUAUAGAAAUACUGCUGUACAGAUGAGUGCAGCCAAAUUGCGAUCAAGAAGUGGCAAUUCUGCUUAUUGUCCAGGGACCAUUCAGUCGUUGGCGCUGACACUGGUAUUGAUGCCUUUCGUCCGGGGAGGUCUGGUGUCUUGUACUAGUACAUUGCUGGAGUGUUGAAAUAGCAUAUACGUUACUUGAAAUGUCAUUAUAU